AUGUGUUUGAGGACUGCAGCAAUUCAAGAGAUGGGAAGUUUGUCAAGACCGUUAGUUUCAGGUUCGGCUAUGAGCACAGGUCAUCAACCUGGCGUUUUCAAGAGACCUGCGAAAGCUCACAAAACAUUCAAAGGGAAGCGAUCAAAAGGUCAAAUUGAUGCUGAGAAUCGAGGUAGAGUUGGAGUAUCAGCUGUCAUCAGAUCAAGAAAGCGGUUGCUUUCCAAAGAGGAACGGCAUCAAAAGGCUGCUCAGAUACGUGCUAAUAAAAGAAAAGCCGUAAUCGAGCGGCGGCGAGGGUUAGAUGGUGGCGUGGCCGCACCGACUUUAGUUACAGUUAUCUCAUUCGGAAGCAGCGCCACUGACUUUGUCGAAGGUGUUGCCAAGUGCGAUGAGACUAUUGUGCACACGCAAGGGCACAAUGUGGAUUAUUUGGCUAUUCCUCGAUUCAAAUCUCGACUAGGUUUCCUGACUCCGGAUCUUUCCAAACACGACAACGUGCUUGACUCGAUCAAGGUUUCCGAUGUGGUAUGUUUUCUGUGGCCUACCGAAGCCGAGCUUAGCGAAGAACAUCAUUUGCUUCUCACCAUCGUCAAAUCACACGGUUUGCCCUCUUAUGUGAAUGUCGCGCCACAUCUUAACGAGAUUCCAUUAGGGAAGAAGCGUGAAGACGCAAGGAAGCAUGUACAGACACUCAUAAGCGAAACCAACCUUACUUCGAACAAGUUGUUUUGUUCCGAUUCGACGGCGGACUUUAUCUUACUUGUUCGGCAUUUUAUUGAUAUGAAAAAGAACAAAAUGCUAUUGCAAAAACGCCGUCCACAUAUAUUGGUGGAGAAACUGGAUGUCGUUGACGAUAAGGCCGGAAUCUGUUCGAUUCUCGCGACCGGGUAUCUGCGCGGACCCAUAUGGAAUGUCAAUCACCUGGUGCAUAUUCAAGGAUGGGGUGACUUUCAGUUAAGCCGAAUCAUGGCUUGUGAUGACCCAAAUCCACUCAAACCAGGAAACCCAAGAACGGCCCAGUCUAUCCCAGCAGAGCCAAAUGUUUUGGCAACAGCAGAUGAGUCUCUUAGGGAAUCACUGCAGUCCGAAAUUGUGCCCGAUCCAAUGGAUGCUGAGCAGACUUGGCCUGAUGAGUACGAUGCUAAGGAUGACGGCAAACUGAAGAAUGCUCCUGGAACUCGAAAUGUUCCCAAAGGAACUUCUUCGUACCAGGCUGCAUGGAUUCUCGAUGAUGACAAUGCGGAAUCUGCGGGUGAAAGUGACGGAGAGGACGAAGAUGAGGACGAAACUGCGGAAGGGUUGAUGGAAGUAGAAGCAGAAGAUAAUAGUGAAAACGAUGAGCCGGAGGCCAAUGGCGCAUUUGAUGAUACGGCUUCAGAAACAGCCGAUGACGGAGAAGAUGAGGCCGAUGAUCUUGAUGAGGUGGAGAAAUACCGUCGAGAAAGAGAAGAUGCUCAGUUUCCUGAUGAAAUCGAUACGCCUAUCGGGGAUCUUGCCAGGAUCAGAUUCCAGAAGUAUCGUGGCCUCAAAAGUUUCAGGACUUCCCCAUGGGAUCCCAAAGAAAAUCUGCCAUCCGACUACGCUCGCAUAUUCCAGUUUCAAAAUUAUAAGAAAACCAGGAAAAACGUAUUGAGCCAAAUUGACGAUUACGAUCCGACGUCGUGCGUCUGCUCAGGGCAAUAUGUAACGCUACAGAUUGAUCGAGUCCCAGUCACCUUUGCACAACAGUGGAACAAAGAUGAUCCAUUGGUGCUGUAUCAACUGCUGCCGCACGAACAGCGCAUGUCCGUGCUCAAUUUUGUGAUACGUAAGCACCCGUCUUGUCGUGUUCCAAUAACGAACAAACAGAAACUGAUUUUCAACGUUGGAUUUCGGAAAUUUGAAGCAUGUCCUGUGUUUAGUCAGCAUUCUAAUGGAAAUAAGUUCAAGAUGGAACGAUUUCUGCCCGCGAAUACAUCAUGUGUGGCUACUGUAUUUGCACCUAUAACUUUUCCUCCUGCUUCUGUACUUGUGUUCCGAGAACGGAAAGGUGGAAAGGAGGAACUGGUUGCCGUCGGUUCUCUGCUCGACAUCAACCCCGAUAGGGUCAUUCUCAAACGGAUAGUGCUCUCUGGUCAUCCUUUCAAAAUCAACAAGCGCUCUGUAGUGUGCCGCUAUAUGUUCUUCAACAGAGAAGAUAUCGAAUGGUUCAAACCAGUGGAACUAUAUACACCAAGUGGACGUCGCGGUCAUAUAAAAGAAGCCCUAGGAACUCAUGGGCACAUGAAAUGCCGUUUCGAUCAACAGUUGAAUGCUAAUGACUCCAUUAUGAUGUCUCUAUAUAAGCGAGUGUUUCCCAGAUGGACCUAUAAUCCGAGGGUUCCUCGUUCCACUGUAGCAGUACAAGAAAGCGAAGAAAUGGAUGAAUGAAAGUUGUUGUUGUUUUUCAGAGUUUAUACAUUUUUCUUUGGCGUCAAUGAGUUGUUGAGUUGAUUGUUACUCUCGUAGUGCAUACAUAGCCUAUGUUAACAACUUGCAUGUUGAUUGUUACUUGUUACCUUUUUGAGAACUGAUGAUGA